AUGCCCCCAUACAGUGAUGUGAUUGACCGCGGCGUGAUUUCGCUGGAGUUGGCUGACACACUGGUAAACAUUUAUGCCCACGAUCUCAUGAAGUUCUGCUUAACUGUGGUAUUCCUAGCAAGUACAACCGCCUCUGAGUUGCGUCGCUCGAAGCCUGUGCUCUUCCUAUCCGUGAUCGCCGCUGCGUCUAUAGUCGUGGAUGCCGGUGUGGCGGCUGUCCUCAAUCGCGAGAUGAUCCAGCUCUACGUGGAUCAAUUUUUUGUCCAAGCUGAAAAGUCGUUGGAACUAGUUCAAGCGUUGCUUCUCAUGACGGUUUUUUAUUAUCCUCCUGACUCGCCGUCGAAGCUACAGCACUAUCAAUAUAUCCAUAUCGCUGCAACUAUGGCCUUGGAAAUCGGGUUGGCCUCGAAGCGCAGGGUAUCUGAGAAGCCAGGAGCCACAGGAGGAUGCUACCACUUGACCUCCACUAUAGCAAUAAAAACACAUCGACCGAACAUGCUCGUGUUCAAUGACUGGAUGAGAGAAUGUCUCGAAUACUUAGUGCAUUCUCCCACAUUGAUUGAUCGACAGGUAGCCGCAUGGUUCGAGCUACAACGCAUUUUCGAUGAGACUACUACUUCCCUCGGUUUUAGAAAUUCUUCUGCAGCUGCUCCGCCAGUUGAAUCUCACAUACGAGAUGUGCUGAUAAAGUUCGAUAAUCAGAUGCAGUCUUGGAGGACAAGGAUUCCUAUAGGCCUGCUGUGUGCGCCCCUGUUUCUCGAAUAUCGCCAUAUAAAUCUCGCCAUGUAUGAGCUCGUAACUGGCAAAAGCUACCGAGAUCCAGAUGCAAUUAGACAGCCUUUCUACACACUCCCGCGGCCUGACGCCCAACCACAAUCCACCCUGAAAAGCACAAUCCGUAUGGAAAUCACGAUCAAAUGGAUGAUUGUAACACACGAACUCCUUGAUCGCUUCCUCAGCUGCAAUACGGACACGAUGAGACAGAUCCCAAACCCAAUCUACACGCGAGUUGGCACAGCAGUACUGUCUCUUUUAGACAUCCAUGUCUCCGCCGUAUCCGGAGACUUUGGGGUAUUCCUUGAACCCCAGGAUGUCAAGGCUAAUAUGUACCUGGAUGAAAUGGCGAAGAUGAUAGCAGAGGCGAGCGACGGUGGGAAGUAUAUGGUACCCAGUCGCUGGUAUCAUGUUAUGGCCGUCAAAGGCCGGAAUUGGUACGAUCGAUUCCAGAAGGGGCGAGUUUAGCAAGAAGCAGGAUCACGACCUGAGUGAAGAUAGGUCUUAGGUACAUAAUCCAGAGCUUUAUUCGAUGAGC